AUGGAGGGCGUCGCACCCUUGGACUGGAAAUUGGACAACGCCAUUCACUUGACUGUCGAUGAGAAGCCUGCCGUCGUCUGGUUUACUGACCAUGAGUUCAAGGUAUCUGCUCUGGGCCUGCAUGGGGAUGCACCAGACACUGUCAAGCUCUGCACUUCUCUGAAGCAUGUUCUUCACGGAGAGCUGCGGGCUGAUGGUAGCGCACACAUUGCUACGCUCGCGCUGAAGCAGAAGCAACAUGUGGUGCUUUGGAUCACCGGCAAGCCCCAGGAUGGGGAAAAGGAACUGGUGCAGGCGUGGAUGGGACGGCUGAUGACUGCUGCGGGAUGUAUCGUUCCCGGAAGGCGGAUCAAGGUGAUUGUGAACCCCUUCGGUGGGCAGGGGAAGGGCAAGCACAUAUUCGAGCAUCGCGCACGGCCCGUGUUCGAAGCUGCUAAAUGCUUCCUGGAUGUUACAUUCACCACCCACUCCGGGCACGCAGAGGAAGUGGCCGCAUCCCUCGACGUCUCUGCGUACGACGCCAUCGCGAUCGUAUCCGGCGACGGGGUGGCAUACGAAGUGUUCAACGGACUUGCGAAACACAAGGAUGCGCUGAGAGCACUGCGGUUGCCUGUGGCCCAUGUACCUGCUGGAAGUGGGAACGCGUUCACCGUGUCGCUUAUCGGCCCAAAGGACUGUCGUGAUGUCGCCCUUGCCGUGCUCAACGCUGUCAAAGGACGGGUUGUUCCUCUAGACAUCGCCAGCAUCACCCAGGGCAAUGAGCGGCGGGUCACCUUCCUCUCGCAGACGAUGGGCCUCAUGGCCGACCUAGACUUGGGCACAGAGAACCUGAGGUGGAUGGGCGAUCAGAGGUUCAUCGUUGGGUUCGUCCAGGGAGUGCUGAGAAUGAAGCAUUGUCCCGUCAAAGUAUGGCUUAAAGUAGCCGAAAGCGACAAGCAAAAAAUAGCCGACGUCUUCCGAGCACAUUACACGUUCAACACUGAUAAAAGCCACGCGGACGGAACCGCUAAUGGCACUGCUAAUGGGAACGCAUCUGCCUUAGAGGAGGAGCCUGCUGAGGGCGAGGGAAUGCCGCCUUUGAAGUGGAGGGACUCGGACAACGAUGGAUGGGUCGAGUUCCCGGAAAAGAUCAUCUACCUAUAUGGUGGGAUGAUGCCGUACGUUGCAAGAGACUUUAUGCAGUUCCCUGCAGCAGAGAUGAACGACGGAUGCCUGGAUUUGGUAUUGCAGACUCCGGCGCCUCGUACCACUAUGCUAUCUUCGCAGGACGGCGCGCACUCCGGCAAACAGUUCUGGAUGCCCUCGCAGCAUUACUUCAAGGUGCAUGCAUAUCGUGCUAUACCUCUCGCUCAGAAGGGCAACAUCUCGAUUGACGGUGAACGUUGGCCGUUCUUGCCGUUCCAGGUGGAGGUGCAUAAGGGGUUGGGCAGGACGUUGAGCAUGCUUGGCCGGUGGGCUGGAGAGGGGGGUUGUUUGACGCAAGAAGAGAAGUGAGGAUGAUGGACUUGUGUUACGCAUGUUAUACCCUUGUAGAGUUUUGAUUGGCAGUAAUGAGAGGACGGACAGCGACAUAUAUGCACAUUGUAGCGGUGACAUGGUUUACAUAUAUGCUUUGAACAGCGACUGUACCAGCAUAGACAGAGAUUACAGAACACUUUACUAACGGGAAACACUGAGGGGAGGGUGGUCCGCAUACCGCAUAUGUAGUAUGAGACGACCCCAUAAGCGCGCAUACACGCUCACUUCUCCUCCGCGUUACCCAUGUACUCGUCCGCCUCCUCGUCGGCGGCAGCCUCGGGCUCGGCAGCAAGGCCGGCCUUCUCGAGCGCCUCCUUGGAGGAGUAGUCGACGGGUGCACGGCGGCGAGGAGCGGACAGGAUCGCGGUGGUGUCGAGGGGCUCCUCCUCGACAAGAUCGUCGCCAUCGUCAUCAUCGUCCUCCUCCUCCUCUUCGUCGUCAUCAUCGUCCUCCAUAUCUUCGUCGACGGGCUCCGCGGCCUUGCCCUUGCCCUUGUCCACCGCAGCGGCGGUCUCGACAGGCGCGGCGUUGCCGUUCUCGUGGGUCACGGUAGUAUCAGUGGUGACUUCGUUAGACAUUUUGCUAGUUUUUCGUGUUCGCGGCAGACGGUAGAUACAGACGGUCGUGGUAUGAACGAGAGUUAGGGAUGCU